AUGUUAGAUACAGUUGUCGCGUUUCAAAAUGAGAUGCUAUGGACGAUUAUUGUCGGCUUCUUCAUUGCAUUCAUUUUGGCAUUUGCCAUUGGUGCUAAUGAUACUGCAAACUCGUUUGGAACUAGCGUUGGCAGCAAGGUCCUUACUCUGCAUCAGGCAUACAUCUUGGCGUCAUUAUUUGAAACUCUCGGUGCAGCUCUUUUGGGGUAUCAGGUGACAGAUACGAUGAGAAAAGGCGUUAUUGACCUCUCUGUUUAUCAAGGCCAAGAAACUGAAUUAAUGCUUGGCCAGAUUGCCGUUCUUUCGGGUUGUGGGAUUUGGCUACUGAUUGCAACUUUUAUGAAACUACCUGUUUCUACUACACAUAGCAUUGUUGGUUCAACUUUGGGAUAUACACUUUUGUUAAAAGGCACUCAAGGUAUUCAUUGGUGGCCAGUUAUUCGCAUCUUUCUCUCCUGGUUUGUAUCGCCUUUGCUCUCAGGCAUUGUAUCAGUGAUAUUUUAUAUCGUUAUCGAUCAUGCUGUUUUGCGCAGACGUAGUCCAUUACGCUGUGGUUUAAUCUUUUUACCUGUGCUGUACUUCGUUUGUGUGGCAGUGAACGUUUUUGCAAUAAUGUAUGAAGGCUCCUCUUUUCUUCGACUAAACUUGCUUCCGUUGUGGGCAGUUACGUCAAUCACAUUGGGCAUUGCACUUCUAGUUGCUUUAAUUGUCCAAUUCUUUGUUGCUCCACGUUUAAAAUAUGAAAAUGGCCGUCAGAGUUCUCCGGAAUCUUUAGUUGGUGUGAAGGAUGGUUUUAAAACGUCAAAUGGCCUACCAAACUAUGGAAACACUUUCACUCAGUUAUCAGGUGUACAUCUUGGUCAUCAUACCAUUCGCCCUACUGGAAGUAUUGAAGCGUUCUUUCGUUCUUCGAAACCAGAAGAUCCUCAGGCCUCAAAAUUGUUCAGCUUCCUUCAAGUGCUGACUGCAUGUUUUGGUGGUUUUGCGCAUGGUGGAAAUGAUGUCAGUAACGCAAUUGCUCCAUUAGUGUCUCUUUACGUCAUUUUCAAAGAGCACUCGGUUAUGCAGUCGUCGGAAACUCCAAUUUGGCUUCUCAUUUACGGAGCAGCUGGUAUGUGUGUUGGUUUGUGGUUAUUGGGUCAUCGUGUAAUCUACACUGUUGGAGAAAACCUUACCAAAAUCACGCCACCUCGGGGUUUUGCGAUUGAAUUUGGAGCUGCAGUCACCGUUCUUCUUUCAAGUAAACUUGGGCUUCCGGUCAGCUCAACUCAAUGCAAAGUUGGUAGCGUUGUUUCUGUCGGCAUGGUUCAAGCAGCUGGAGGCGGGAACGUAAAAUGGUCUACCUUCAGGAACAUAGCUAUUUCUUGGGUCAUCACUCUUCCUGUCACGGGUGACCGCUUUUUUUGUUUACUAAAGACUAAAACAUGUAUCUUGUUGAUAAAUUCUUUCACUUAA